ACCACAACACAACGUAUAUAACGAAAGAUGCAAACAAAAUUUUAAACUGCGAAGUUUGUUAUAAAAAAAGUACUUUUCAAUUUAAGUGAUUUGAAGGUUCACCGCUAUUGCGUAUUACAUAUUUGGUCACAGUAUUAUAUAUUUCGUAAAUAUUGAAAUGGACUAUGCAGAUGCGGAGAUUUGUUAUCUAAAAUGCAUUAAAACGGAGCCAAACACGGAUAUCAAAGUGAAAGAUGAAGAAAUUAGUGAUCUAUUUUCAUCAGAAUGUUCAACACAUCGGAACGAAAAGCCAUCAAGGGUGAAAAUCGUAAAAGAAGAAGCUGGUCCAGAUGAAAUUGUGAAAGAAGAAACCAGAUUCCAAAAAGUCGAAAGCAACGAUGAAACAAGAAAGAAAUCACAGAAAUGCACAGUAAAAAGUAAAUGUAAAAAAACAUCGCAAGAGAAACCAACACAAAAAAAGCAUUGCGUUAGAAAGAAUAAACAUCGAAACGGAAAGGAAAAUAAAUCUCUCAAACUAACCUAUGAAUGCUAUAUGUGCCGAACAUCAAUCAGUUCAGUAAGCAAUUUAAAGCGUCAUCACGAUCGAUUCCAUGGUGUUAAAACAUUCCAAUGCAACAUUUGCUUCAAACGCUUCCCUGUCAAAUUUUCUUUGGACAUUCAUCAACGGUCGCACAGCGGAUCCAAGCCAUUCAAAUGUGAAGUUUGUCGGAGGAAUUUCGCUACACAAAAUAAUUUACGUCGGCACAAUACGUCCUGUCGACUUGACCGAUCUAAAGAUGAAGAGAAAAGUAUCGCCCAAGGUAUCGCCGCUCAUGGACAUUUUGAAUGUUAUUUGUGUAAAUUUACUAGUACCACAAAUCAUGAUUUGAAAACACAUUUCGUCAAACAUAUCCCCAAAACUGCAUAUUCAUGCAAUAUAUGCCGCAAAGAGUUUAAAAUACAAGCGCAUUUGGUGCAACAUAUGAACGUUCAUACAACUCAAAAAUACAUUUGUGAUAUUUGUAAAAACCGAUUCACCAGCAAACGCAAUUUAAAACGACACAAAAAACUACAUUCAAGAGAAGGUCUAUUUAAAUGUAGUCAUUGCAAAAAAGAAUACACAACCAAAUAUUCUCGAGAUUCUCAUGAACAAAAACAUACAAAAACUGUAUUAUGACAUUAUUGUUAAGUAUAUUUUCAAAAUUGAGAAUAAAUGAAUUACUGUUCGACAAAA